AUGAAUGAAAUAACAAUAGAAGAGAGACGCUCGGUGGUAGAAUGCGCACUUCUUUGUGCAGAGACUGAAGACUGUCGUUCAGUGUUCGGUUGUAAAUUAGAAGGAGAAAUUAUAUGCACACUUUUUAACCAAUCAUAUGUAUAUGAGAUGGAAUUCAAUUCUUCAACGUGUAAACAUUACACAAAGCACCGAGUUAAGCAUGAAGACGUGGGAGUUGAAGAAAGCAACAACCUCCAAAAAGAUCAGAUAACCACAACACCUGCAGCCGAAUUAACAACAACAACACAUACUUCGUGUGAAAAUCAAGUCAAUCCAUUGGUAGUGAACAAAGGAAACGCAAGUUUUGGGUGCCGUGACUGCGAUUGCAUUUUUGCUAAAACCCAAGUGUCGGGAGAGUAUAUAAUUCAUUUGGAAGACUCCCUUGUAAGAGUAUAUUGCGAGUUCCGAAAUGGACGAUCUUGGACAGUUAUUCAAAGACGUAUGAACGGAUCAGUUAGCUUUAAAAGAAACUGGAAAGAGUACUCUGAAGGAUUUGGUUGUUUAGAAACAGACUUUUGGAUUGGAAACGAUUUUAUUCAUGGUCUGACCAAAAAUGGUCACGUACGUCUGAUAAUAGACCUGGAAGAUGACAAUGGUGUUCAUUAUUAUGCGCACUACUCAGAUUUUGCAAUUGGGGAUGAGACAGAAAAAUAUAAAUUAUCCGUGAAGGGAUUUUCUGGUAACAUAUUUGAUGCUUUUGGAUCUGUGUGUGAUACGUAUUGUCACAACGACAUGAGGUUUUCUACCUACGAUCAAGACAACGACGGAAGUGCAAGAAAAUCAUGCGCAGAAAAUCACAAUGGCUGGUGGUUUAACGAUUGUUAUCGCUGUGUCCUAAAUGAUGAAAGAAUUGGUUGGUGGGCACCGGACACUGGACUUCUCAUUUUCAAAAGUGUCAAAAUGGCUCUUACUAAGCCACUUUAACGUAGAACCUACGUCGUAUGACAUCAUAACUAGUGAAUGUGUUUAGCCUGUGCUAAUCCAAUGUCACUUUUCCCCGUACUUUACAGCUUAAUUCAAUAGCAUUUUGAAAAUCACAGAGUUCAAUUCAAAAUUAUAUUAAAAUAAUCUUAAUUAAACUUAUAUAUUUUUUUGGUUAUAUGCUUAAUGACAAUUUAUUUCUGUAUUCAGAGAAAUCUCUAGGCACCUUUCAUUUACUAGAUCUUGAUCUUAAUUAAAUUGAUAAAUCCAAGACUAUCUUGUGUAGUGAAAUUACAAUGUAUGCAACUUACUGUAAUAAUGUGAAUUGUAUGUAGCCAUUUUGAAGGAAUGCA